CAAAUUUGAGUUAUUUUAAUCAUUGAACUGAUAAAAAAGUCCUGAAAUGGAAAUAGAUACGUCUGAUGAAGAGUUGUUCCUGUUUCAAAUAUUGCUGGAAGAGGAAGAAAAAACGGAAAAAAAGAAACGUAAACAUAAAAUGUGGGUUCACGAUAUUUGCAGGCAAAGAAAACUAUACGGAGAAUUUCACCAUUUAAUUCCAGAUUUGAAAAAAGACCCUACAAAAUUUUUUGAAUAUUUUCGUAUGUCAGAAGAAAAAUUUGAAGAAUUACUGCAUAUUUUAAAUAACGACCUUAUAAAACAAAAAUCUAAAUUUAGAGAACCAGUAGAGCCAUAUGAACGACUGGCUGUCUGUCUUAGGUUUUUGGCGACUGGCAACUCUUUUCGAUCACUUGCUUUCAGUUUUCGUUUAGGAGAAAAGACUGUAAGAGCUAUAGUCUACGAAACUUGUACAGCAAUAUGGCAGAGAAUGAAAAUUGACACACCUUCGGAAGAACAAUGGGAAACAAUAGCUUGUCAGUUUUGGGAUAAAUGGAAUUUUCCCAACUGUAUAGGUUCGUUAGACGGGAAACAAGUUGUUAUAGAAUGUCCCGCAAAAAGUGGAUCGAAAUUCUUUGGCUAUAAAAAAACAUUUUGUGUGGUUUUAUUAGCUUUGGUAGGCGCCGAUUAUAAAUUUCUGGUGGUCGACAUUGGCGGCCUAGGGAAAAACUCCGAUGGAAAUAUUUUUUCGAAUUCCAAUUUCGGAAAAGCGCUAGCAGAGAACAGACUGAACAUUCCUCAUGACAAACCACUUCCUGGCACGGAAGAUGCAAUGCCUCAUGUUAUCAUUGGAGAUGCAGCAUUUCCUUUGGGAAGGCAUUUAAUGAGACCAUAUCCUGGUAACCAGACUUUAGCCUCUGAAGAGAAGAAAGUGUUUAAUUAUAGGCUAAGCCGAGCACGACGGGUCAGUGAAAAUGCGUUUGGCAUACUAUGCAGAAGGUUUAGAAUAUACGAAAGACGAUUAUCCAUGACCCCUGAACAUAUUAACAUUGUAGUGGCAGCAACGUGUUGUUUACAUAACUUUUUAAUUACCAAUGUGGGGUUACAAGACGAUUUAAAAGAAAAUAAUGAAACAUUGGAAGGAUUAGUGAAUUUACCACACUUUGGUGGAAAUGCAACACAACUUGCUCUCAGUAUUCGGGACAAGUUUAAACAAUAUUUUGUAUCGAAUUUCGGAUCACUACCUUGGCAAUUACAGGUCGUAAGAAGAGGAUUUCGUCAUCACGAAUAAUAUAUACUUCGCUACCGUCUAUUUUACAUAUAUGUAUCUGACAUAUUAUUAUUUCAUUAGGUAAAUAAAUGCGUCUGAAAUACCUAUGUACUUACCCCUUAAUUU